CGCCUCUAUAGGUGACGUCACCACGUCUCUGGGUGACGUCACGACGCCGCUAGGUGACGCUACUGGGUAGCGAGUCUUCGCUGCUUCGCUCGCGGUCCGGCGCGCGCUUCUCUUCCCUCUCCGCCUGUUGUUGUUGUUAUUAUUUCAUCCCUUAGAGAUUUCCCCGUGGUUCUUAACCCAUUCACUUCAAUGAAUAGGCACAUUGCGCAAUUCUGCGGUGUUCUUGGUCGCACAUUUAUGGAGUUUGUGAAGGGACGUGGCGAGUAUUGCCAGGCUCAGCACGAGGUCUUUGCAGACAAGUGAACUGAUAAUUUCUCCCAUUUUUGUGUCGCUGCAACCGUGCUGGCUUAAACCGUGCAGAGUUGGCAGCCAGUGUUGGGUGCUCCCUCCCUGCUGCCCUCUGACCGGCUCAAAGCCAUCACCGGUGCAAUAAUUUUGGCCGAAUGGGGUAGUGUCGUGAUAGGGUGCUGUUUUGUAUUUGUUUACACCCAUAAGAGCACAGGUGGGGAGUGUUGGUUGCAAUUUGUUUGUGGGUCAUCAGAUUUUUAUUUUUUAGACCUAAGGUGUUAGCCAGAGCCACAUUGGGAUAUUGUGUAACAUAGGAAAAGAUUCAGCAAUGGCACGCCUCAACCGGCCUGCUGCGGUGGAAGUCACCUACAAGAACAUGCGAUUUCUCAUCACCCACAACCCCACCAACGUCACCCUCGAUAAAUUCAUCGAAGAGCUUAAAAAAUGUGGCGUGACCACUGUAGUGAGAGUCUGUGAAGCUACUUAUGACAAGGUGCCUGUAGAAAAAGAAGGAAUCACUGUAAUGGAUUGGGCCUUUGACGAUGGAGCACCUCCUCCCGGCAAAGUGGUCGAUGAUUGGAUUAACCUUCUCAAGGUCAAGUUCAGAGAGGAGCCGGGGUGUUGCAUCGCUGUGCACUGUGUCGCUGGACUUGGCAGGGCACCUGUCUUGGUGGCUUUGGCUCUGAUUGAGUGUGGCAUGAAGUAUGAAGACGCUGUCCAUUUCAUUAGGCAGAAGCGUCGAGGAGCCAUCAACAGCAAGCAGCUUCUGUACCUGGAGAAGUAUCGUUCUAAGAUGCGUCUUCGAUUUAAGGAUACAAAUGGACAAAAGAGUAACUGCUGCAUUCAGUAGAUUCACUUAAUUAAAUCAUGAUCAUUGCCAUCAUCAUUGUAGUCAGUUGCCAUGCAUCAUCACCCAUAAGUCAUACCUCAGCUUAUUGCAUACAGGAUGUCAGAAGAAGGUUGUCCAAGAAGGGGUUUAUGAUUACAUCUAGGUACACAUUUUUAGUGUAAUAAAACUAUGAACAUUUGCGUUGUUUUACAGGAAUGUUUACUUUGCAUUAGUAAGACUACUAGGACCGUGGCAUAAGUGUUAAAUUUAAAUAUUCUUUGGGUCUUUUGGUUAAAUUUAAGUGCUUAUUCACAAAUGUGUUUGUGUACCAGCAUACUUCACAUUGACAUUUGCACAUUUUGGUGGCUUGACUAAGGAUACUAUUUGGCUUUAGUUGCUUAAAAUGUAAACUUGUCAAAUUAUAUUUGUACAUUACAAAUAGGUGGUGUAACAGUUGGCACAUAAUGUGAAGUUAGUAAAUGCCAGUUUUGUAAAUUGUAAUGCAUCUUUAAGUUGGCGAGCUGCUUCCUCAGAGACAUUGCAGGAGCGGUAUCCCCUCUAAAUCAUCAGCAUUAUCUGCAUAUCAAAAAUGCCACAGCCUGGUAUUGUUGUGUAAAGUGGAGUGGCUAGAGUGGAAGUUACUUGAUGUCCACCUCUUGCUUAACCAAAGUUGCCAUGCCUAGUCUAACCCAAAUAUUAACAUUUUGCUGGUAAUACUGUUUCUUAGAAGAUACGAUAUUGGCCUGCUCUGGCAUGGAGACUUUGGUUAAUUAUAUUUUUUGUACCUUCCUUUCUACCUUAACAGACUUGCCAAGCCACAAGCUUUGCUAUAAUUCACUGUUGGCCAUUCAGAUUGAUGUGUGGUUCGAUGUUGUGUACAACGUGCCUGACUGGUUACUUAUUGGAGCAUGAGUAAUUUUUAUUGGGAUGUGUUUAAAAACACGUCCUGGGGAUUAGGGGCAUUGUAGUGAAGUAGGGCUUUGAAGUGUUUGUUGGUUGCUUAUCGUUCUAUUUAAACUUUGAAAUCAAGAAACAAAUUGACCCCAAGGAUUACAUAUACAAUGACAAUUUGAAUAAUGUUAUUUACCAGGUGUAAUUUACAAUGCUGUAAGGUCUUUUUAUUUUUUCUAACUUUCUACGGUUCCACGUUGCCUAAACUUGGUCAUUGCCAUUUUUCAGAAACAAAUUUCACUUUAUAACUUAUGUCUGCGUGUAAUUUUUAUGGGCAAACAUUAAAAUAUAGUACUUUUCUGGCCUUCCGUCCAUCACCUAUCACUUUAGAUCACAAUUUAUUAUUUGCACCUGCUGCCAUAAUUGAUUUCUUUGUGUAAAAAUAAUAGUUAACAACUCCUGCUUCUUCCAAAAUGCGUAUUUAAAGUGGUAAAUAUAAAAUAAAAUCUAUUUUGCAGAACAGCUGCACUUUUCACACAUCGGGGCACAAAAGUGUUUCAUUGAUGUAAGGUACAGCUUUUUGAUGAUUUCUGUUAAUUUUGGUUAGGAAAACCUUUUUUUCUUUCAAAUAUGUUGGACAAUGUUUUGCCUGUAGCAGAUAUGACAGGUAAAUCAUCUGAUCGUUAACCUAAAAUUGUCAUUAAACCUGGCUUGUGUACACUGAAAUUAAAGCAUUUUUGCUAUACAAUUUGAGACUUAUUUUUGGAAUUCACCUACUUUGGAUUUUGUACACUUGAUUCCUAAUUGGCAACCAAAUGUUACACUAACACAAGGAGUACAAAUUAUACGAGUACAAUGAAAUUACAAUUUGACUUACUAAUUACUGUUGAAAGCAACAUUUGGUUGAUGGUUAUUGCAUGCUUAUUGGCAAUUGUAGAUUUCAUGUUUAGAAGUGCAAUGUUGUUUAAGUGAGCAGCUGUAGUGAAUUUGUUGUAUUUGGCAAUAUUUAAUAAAAAAAAAUAAGUGAAGUUUCAAGCCUGAAUAAAAUACUGUAAAAGCAAUUUGCUUUAUGUUUGGUGCUGAAAUUGUCUUCUGAAUGCAUUGUUGUUUUUCACAGGAUUCCACAUUUAGUAGCGUGAACAGAUUGACCGGCUGUAGUAAUUGCGAGCCAAUAAUAAAUGACUUGUAGGAUAAAUGGCUUUUAGACAUCCCCCAAUAAAUUGACUUGAUGUCUUGCGAGUAUUAAGUAAGAUUUGCUGGUGUGAAUGUGUAAUAAUUAUGGAAUAAACUAUGUAUCAUCGGCUGUCA